CUUCAUUCAAUGUGGUUAUUACAGUUGUGUCUUUUCCAAAUGACUUGUGAGAGAAUGUUGUUGUUGUUUUCUUCUUUCAGGCAACAGAAUCCUAGAUAAACAUGCUCCAUCCAAAGGUGAAAACAGAAAAGACAGAUCUAGAGACCGCCAAUGCUCGAACCCGCCUUGAUGCUGUUCUGCAGUGCCUGCUGGAGAAGACUGAUGCUGACCGGGAACAAAUGGAAGAAGAUUCUGGAAAGACAGCAUCAGAUGUUCUCAGCAAGGACUCUUCUCCUACUGCCACAGGAAAGAGGUAUAGUCAUUAUAGCAUCUUCUCCACUUACUGAUGACCAUUAUAUAGGAGACUUGAGAUGUGAAUAUUCUCCCAGUCUGCUUACCAGCCAGUCUUAAAAUAUUCAGAUUAUAUUUAU